AUGGCGAGGCCACGGAUUGUACGGGCUGACACCCUUGACCUCCAAGACCACAACGCUCCUUCAGCUAAAGAUCACACGCGGCAACCUACUCACUCAUCUGGAGUCGCUCCUCACCAGGAGCAAACCCUUCGCCAUGCGGACGACGUUAUCAAAUCCGAGAUGAUGCACGGCCCCGGCGUUGAAGAUGACCAUCCGGAAGCUGGAUACGGCGAUGGGAUUGAUAUAUACGACGACGACGAUGAUGAUAUUGAGGAAGUGGACGAACUGGGACACCAUCAUCACAAGGGUGAUUCUGGGGGUUCCGAAGAAGGCGAUCUUGCGGAUGGGGAAAGCGACGACAUGAUGGACGACGAUCUCAUGGACAAGAUUUCAAGCUCUCCAUCGAUUGAUGACGAGGACAUCGAUUUUGAAUUUGUUUAUGCCCUUCACAACUUUUUCGCAACCGUUGACGGACAAGCAAAUGCGGCGAAGGGCGAUACCAUGGUUCUUUUAGACGAUAGCAACAGCUACUGGUGGCUUGUUAGGAUCGUAAAGGAUGGCAGUAUCGGUUACUUGCCAGCCGAACACAUUGAGACGCCCACAGAGAGGUUGGCGAGAUUGAAUAAACACAGAAACGUAGAUUUGUCCGCAACCAUGCUUGGCGAUAAUUCGGAAAAGUCCAAGAAUCCGCUGAAGAAAGCAAUGCGCCGCAGAAAUGCGAAGACCGUUACUUUCACAAGCCCAACAUACAUUGAAGCAUCUGAUGUAGAAUACUCAACCGAAGAGGAAAUGGACGACGAUAUCUCUUUCCAAGACGAAGAUAUGGCCCGGGAGGAUGCGGAUCACUUACAGGAUGGCCAGAAUGAAGACAUUGUUGUCAAGCCUCUCAGACCCAAGUCGCAGAAGGACAGAGGAAUCGAAGAAGACGACAUCCAGGAAGUGCAAGAGCCUGACAGCGCUAGUUCCGACAAGCAGCGGUCCAGCCAGGAGAUAUUUGAAGCGGAAGCGGAAAAUGCUGUCAGUAGGUCCAGAAAUGGCACUGUGCGGAAUACGGACUCCUUUUUCAAGGAUGAUACUGUUGAAACCAAGAAGAUCUCUUUGACACCGAACCUGCUUCGGGAUGAGAACUCAUCGGGUGAGGCGAAAGAGAGCCGCGGCAGCAUGGAGGCGAUCGACAAGACGCUCAGCGCUAUUGACAAGAACAAGGACGAUAAGAAGCGUAAAGACAAAAAGCCAGGAAUGCUCAGCGGCCUGUUCAAGAGGAAGGACAAGAAGACCAAGUCUAACGAUGAGGACACGGAUGAAGCGGAAAAGACCUCAACGGAGCUGUCUCGGACGUCCCCACAACCGAAGACAUCGUCGGAUUCUUUGUCUUCUCCCGAAUCUGCUCGAUCGCCUAAGCCUUUGGUGGUGCAGAGACAGACCAGCAAGUUGCAGAAGCAACCUCCUUCGGCUAUGUCUCCAACUAGGCAAGACAUAAUCCAGGAAUUUGGUCUUCAGAGUCCCAUCGAUGGUAAAGAAGAGCCGAGGCCAAUUAUGAGUUCGAAGGAUCAGACCAUCCGACAGGUAACUUCCGAAGAGGAUGAUGAUAUCCCAUCAUCUCCUCCCCUUGGGCCUUUCGACGACAGCCAGGAAGCUAUUUUGUCUUCUGCCCGUGUGCCAAGUCCUUCAAAGAAGCCGGCUUCAACUCCGUUCGUUAACCAAGAACACCCAUCCGCUGACAUCCAGAAAACCUGGGAGGAGGAUAUGUCUGAGAACACAUAUUCUCAACAACGGUCCGUGGCGUCUCCUCCACAGAAAUUCACACCAAAGCAAACCUUGAACUACCAGCCACAGCGUCUAGAUUCGCCUCUCAGCGGUUCUCCGCUGGAAGGACCGGUUUCACCUCUUACACCAGGAUUGGUGGCAGGCCUGCCAUCCCCUGGGAGACAUUCGGUCUCAUCGGUGUCCCCGCCCUUAUCUCCUAUUGCUGGUGACAGCGAUCACAGAGGCAUCGACGCCGUGCCUGCGUCGUUUGAAACUGCGUCUGCUGGAACACCGACUUGGAGCGAUGCUAGCUUGCGGUCAUACUUGGAUGACGAGAACGACAUCCGCGAUCUAUUUAUCAUUGUCCACGAUAACUCUAACAUCCCACCCGCUGGCCCUGACCACCCGAUUACUGGCUGUCUCUUCAAAGAAGAGAGCAAGAGGCUGAGGGAGAUGACCAGCCAGCUGGAUGCGAUGCUCGCUGAGUGGGUAGGCCGGAGGACGCGGAGUGCGGCGAGCAAAUAA